UCCUCUAGGUUACGACGUGUACACAACAUUUUGUAUUUUUAACACGUAAAUAAUGUAAAUAAAUAUGAUUUAAAGUUAUAAAUAAUGAAUCAAAAUUUCAAAAUCGUGGAAGGAUGAUGGUGAAAACAUUACUAAUUCAGUGUCCAUUACUGUUCAUUAUCCUUUUGAUUCAAAAUGUAUUGACGCUUGAUUUAGGUGUAUGUGUAAAUCUCGAAGCCAAGUUAGAUCAGAAUGCUAAAAUCUUACAUGAAAUUCGUGGGAAGUUGACUACAGGGAAUAUCAUAAUAUCCGUUAUUGGACCAAAGUCAUUGGCAUUGGAUAGAGUUGAAUCAAAGUUGAACGAAACCACUGCUAUAUUGAAUCGUCAUAACGGUAUUUUACAAGAACUUCUUGAAGCAGUACAGAGAGAUAACAGAACUAUUAACCUAAGAGAAGUUGCUCACGGAAAACCAGCCGAACAAAGUUCAGUUCUAGCGGAACUGUCUGCAUCAAGAGCUGUUGAUGGAAGUGUGAACACUUACAUGCACACACUCAAAGAGCAAUCCCCUUAUUGGAUUGUUGAUUUAGGAAAAAACUAUCAAAUAAAGCGGAUUGAAAUUUUUAACAGAAAUGAAGGAGCUAAAUCGACAGGAGAACGUCUGCAUGAUUUGGACAUUAUUGUUGGACCAUCACACAAUAAAAUGCAUCUAUGUGCCCAUUACGUUGGACCUGCACAACUCGGAGCUCAUCUUAUAUUUGAAUGUGAACCUGACGAAAAUGCACGAUAUGUAAAACUGAUGAUAAAAGGUACAGAGUACUUGCAUGUUGCAGAGAUCAAAGUGUAUGCAGUUGAUGACAGAUCUAGUUAGAUAUGAUAUUUAAAUACAACGAACAGAGAAGCUGCAUAUUAAAAAACCUGUUUAUGCAUUUGAUUUAAACAUUAUGAAAUAAAAGAAUUUCAUAUCGGC